AUGACCGAUCGACAUCGGAACCAACCUCCUGUCAGUCGCUCGGUGAGCACGAAUCCCUCGCGCUCCUCUCUCCCGGCCAGCAUGGCGCACCAACCGCCAUUCCUAGACGAAUCAUACACAACUCCGGCUAGCAGCCGCUAUCCUAUUACCACAGCUCUUGGUCAUUCGAGCUCUACUACUUCAUCAGGCCAGCCUACCACGACAAGAACAUACGCCGUUGCGCAGGAUUCCCGAUCUCGCCCCAGCGCGCGUGACCAUAGCUACACGAGGCGAUCGACCAUGGAAUCGACAAUAAGACCACCUGUGAUUAUUACUACAUAUCAGAAUGAUCGAUCGCAGAACAGCAUGAAGUAUGGCACCGGUGUUGGCAAUAGCAGCCCCGUCCGCGACGACUACCACCAGAGUAGCUCCCAAUAUUAUGCUGUACCUGGAUCAACGUCCCGCUCUCGCAGCUCUGCGCGGCCGUAUCAGGUUGAAGAGCAUCCGCGCCGUAGAGACCGUGCAGACAGCCUCUUGAGCGCCCAUAAUACUGAGUCUCACCGCAAAUCCCGACCUUCCGCCACUUACCCCAGCAAUCAGCGUCACAGUGCGGCAUCAAUUGACUAUGGUGACGAUGGGUACAAAUACACGAAUGCUGGAGAGCUGGUCCGAUACGAUCUCGACCAUUAUAAACCAUCUCGCCCCCAGAACUAUGAUAGUUUCAAUCACGACAAGCGUCCCAGAGCAUCACACGCUGGCAACCACAGAAGAAGUGGUAGCCUGAGAUACGAGGCUGGCAGGGGCUAUACCGUGCCACAUGGGCGUUCUGAUGCGCCCAGUGGCCCUCCCCCAUCAACGCGUGGACUUGACAACAUUGAUAGAGAUUACGCUCUCGGCCGAGUUCGUCAGGCUCACACCGCCACCUCGAAGCCCCCGCAGUCGCUGGCACAUUCUGAGACGCCUGGCAUCCUUCGAGUUGCAAGAGAGACGAGGUACGGUCGACCUGUUUCUGUCAGUCAGGAGCCAUCCUAUUGGAGCAAUUCACCUCACACUCGAGACGACUACCGAGAUUGGCGCAGCCACGUUUAUGAUCGUAGUAACGACGGCGCAGCUGAAAAUAGGCGCCCCCAUUCUACUCACUUCUAUGAUGAAAGCAUUUCGAAUCGCGGUUUCGGUAUUCGCACGAGUCCGGACGCUGCUCCAGAGGGUCGACGUGACGGUCGACGUGAUGAUCGACGCAGUCGAGACGAACCCCGAAGUCAUGGUUUUCUACACUUUGGCGACAAACCACUUGCGGGGCCUCGAAAAGUCACGCAAGAUCGGCAAUCGUCUGUUUCCGAGGAGAGCAAACAUUCUGAAGGCCACCGAAACGACAGUGGUAGAGAAACUUCUUACGGUGUUAUUGGAACCGCUGGCACCGGCCUCGGCAUAAGUGCGGCAGCAGCCGGGCUUGUUGCUUCAAAGAGAGACAACGAAUCUGCGAGGGGUGUUAAGGAGCAAAAAGAGACCACUUACGGCUCUGAAAUUGGCAACUCGAGCCGUCACGAGACAGAAGUUACUGGAAACUCCUCACCUCGAGGUCCUAUUGAGGCAACUAAGGAUCAGCACAGCCUACGACCUGAGACGAUGAAAGUGGCCAUGGAGGGGGUUUCUGGCCCUGCAGUUAAUGGAGGGGCUUCCCUGGUCAAGUACAAUCCGCCAUCUGCAUCUGACUCCGAUGAGGCCGGGAGGGGCAGUGUUAGAAGGAAACAACGACCAUUGAACUCUUUCAACCCCAAUGACACCAGUGACCUUCGCCAGAUAAGGGAGCAGCUUGCUGUUCUUCGACUACAUGAAACCCAGAAACAAUCCGAUGAAGCCUCUGCUGGUGGAAAUGAGCGUCGAGCCCGCUCUCCAUCGCCGACCAGAAAAGCUGCCAGUAUCGCUGAUCUGGAUCAGGAUGAUCAAAGUUACGCUGUCGGCUUUCCAGUCGAGAAGAAACACGCCCGUGUUGUAUCACCUCCUCGUGAUAGACGAGAUGACAAGCCUUUGAAGGGCAUUUUGAAGCAACCAAGCGCCAGCUUCCCCGAGGAAGCCAAUCCCAUUCGAGAAGGCGUUGCUCCUCAUAAAGAAGAUAAGAAGCUCAAGGAAGUUCCGCCUGGAGCUCGGUGGACGAGAAUCAAUCGCAGAAUAGUCAAUCCCGAGGCUCUCAGAGUUGGGCAAGAGCGUUUUGAGGAGCGCGAUGACUUCGUAAUUGUUUUGCGGGUUCUCAGUAAGGAGGAGAUACAGGCAUAUGCGGCAGCAACUCAAGUUCUUCGAGAGCGACGGCGUAAUCGCGAUAAUCCAGACCGUGACCAGGAGCGCAGGCAUCAACAUGACGAUGGCAGCUCUCAGCAUUACCGCCGACAUCGACGCCAGGUUGAGGAUAGCGAUCGCGAUAGUGGUGCCGAGGCCGGGGGUUGGGGUCUUGAUGGGAAUCUUGAUGAUGCUGAUGAAGGCCACAAGAGUGCUCGGGACGAGGGCAGUGACAGCUCGAGCGAUAAGAGGCGCGAUGCUGAGAAUGACGGUGGUGGAACGAAAGGAUCGAGGCGGAAUCACCAAGAUGGCGAUGAAAUCGGGCGGGGUAGGCAAGACAAAGCCCAUGGCGAUGCUGUCGAAGGAGAUACGGAUUACCGGAGGAAGACUCGCAGGGAUGAAGGUGAUGAGCGUGAGUAG